AGCAACUGUGUUGUUGCCAUGGGUGUAUAUGUCAUUAUACUACAAUUAGAAGCGAUGUAAUGUGAUGUAAAUGGGUAAUAUACCAAAACGGUCGAAUGAACAACAUGCUCGGCUAUGUAUUGGGCGCGUUUUUACCCCUGGCACUUGUGUUCAUUCCUCACGAGUGGUUUCUAACAUUUGGAAAUGGAACAACCCAGGUGCCCCCUGUACGGCUCCUGAGCAGCCGUGAAUUAUCGCUUUACGACGGGGAGAAAAGCAGCAAGGGCCUUUACCUGGCAAUACUUGGGCAAGUAUUUGAUGUACAAAAGGGACACCAUCACUAUGGACCCGGAGGUGCUUAUCACGUUAUGGCAGGCAGAGAUGCCUCACUGGCCUUCAUCACAGGGGACUUCACAGAGAGGGGCCUGACAGAUGAUGUGUCCAGUGUGUCCCCACAGCAGCUGAUCGCCCUUUAUGACUGGCUGGCCUUCUAUCAGAGGGACUACAAAAGUGUUGGUCUGUUAAUAGGCCGGUUCUACAGCGAGACUCGGCAGCCCACACAGGCCCUGCUGCAGGUCCAAGCAUCCCUAGCAGUCGGCCGGCGAAUGAAGAGCCAGAGAGAGGCUGAGAAGGAACGCUUCCCAGCCUGCAACUCAGAGUGGAGCACUGCCAGGAGAGGAAGAGUCUGGUGCUCCACUAAGAGUGGUGGAGUGGACAGGGUUUGGACAGGUGUCCCACGGAAGCUCUUCUCUCCGGGCUCCAGUGGUGUUCGUUGUGUCUGUGUCAGAGAUCCAUCUACAGCAGAGGAAGACCCCAACCUGCAGAAAUAUGAUGGCUGCCCUCCACAGGCUGAGUCAUGCUCUGUGGCAGAGUUCUAGUGUCUGGACCAGCCUAGAAAAUUGACCAAUUUCUUGUUUAUUAGUUGCACAAUACUCAGGGACUUUUAACUUAUUGAAAAUAAAAUGAAGAAAAUAA